GAGGCAGCAGUUGGCGAGGGGAAGUGUCUUCCGUGAGCAGAAGAGAGACGGCUGAGAGCUGGAAAUGAAGCAGCCAGUGAGGGUGUUUGAGGAGAAGUUAAGAACGAAAGAAUCCUUAAUGUGCUGGCAGAUCUUGUCCUUCUUGUUUGCCAUUCAAGAGAUCAACCGAAAUCCCAAGCUCCUGCCCAACGUCACCCUGGGCUACAAUGUGUAUGACAACUAUUUCAGUGCAAGAAUGACUUAUGACACCAUGGCAGACCUGCUCUCUACAGGGCAGCUGAAUGUUCCAAACUACAGCUGUGGAAGACAGAUGAAUCUCUUGGCUGUUCUCGAAGGGGCCGACUCUGAAAACUCCAUCCAGGUUUCAGUGAUGUCAAGCACGUACAAAAUUCAACAGGUCAGUUAUGCUUUUGCUUCUCGUGCUCUGAACGAUAAAACGGAGUUCCCAUAUUUCUACCGGAUGGUGCCCAAAGAAGAAGUCCAGUACCCAGGGAUUGUGAAAUUGCUCCUGCAUUUCCAAUGGACGUGGAUUGGCCUCAUUGCUCCAGCUACUGAUAAUGGAGAAGGGUUCAUGAGGACCUUGACCCCUUUGCUCACCAGCAGUGAUAUUUGUGUCGCUUUCUCGUUAAGCAUCGCAGAACUGAAUACGCCGAGGGUGUCAUUGCAUCCUGGUUUGAUUCUCAAGGGGAAAGGAGCCAAUGUGUUUGUUUACUAUGCAGAGACUGCUUAUUUUUUAGAUGGAAUAUUAAUUCUACAACAAGCAGUUGAAAUGUUGAUAAAGCCCCUUGUGGGGAAAGUCUGGAUCACAACAGCUUUUUGGGACAUCACGGUGUAUUUGCUGUACAAUGUUAUAUCUUUUCAGCACAUUCAUGGUAUUUUUAACUUCUUCAUCCAGUCAAAUAAAAGGACAAGACCUGAGUACGAUGAACCAUUUUUCUCGGCUCUUAGCCACUUUUUGGAGAAAGCAUUUCAGUGUUUCUAUUCAACGGGUGUUAAAGUAUGGAAAAGAUGCAGAGAGAAAGAGAACCUGGAGACCCUUCCUCAUGAGGAGCUUGAAAGAGUCCUGGCUGUGGACAGCUACAGCAUUUACAACAGUGUCCAGGCUGUGGCACACACCUUACACUCUGCGUGUUCAUCUAGAUCCAAGCGGAUGCUGCUGAAGCAGGGAGACAAGCUGGCAUUUCAGAGGAUAAGGCCAUGGCAGGAGUACCUGUCGCUAAUCCUGUGUGUGGCAGCUCUUGUGAGAGUUCGCAAGCAGAAGCACCUGACUGGGCAGUGAGGAUUCCAUAUGCAGAUAGGGAAAAGGAGCCUGUGAAAGCAGAAGCACCAUGGUGAUUGGGCAGUGGGGAUUCCAUAUGCAGAUAGGGAAAAGGAGCCUGUGAGAGCAGAAGCACCAUGGUGAUUGGGCAGUGGGGAUUCCAUAUGCAGAUAGGCAGGAAGUGAGGUCAUGUUUGGGACCUGAGAGUCUUCCUUUGGAGAAAAGAAACAGACAAAAUAGCUCAUGCAGUUUCGCCUGAAACUAAUCUUCAGAGAACUCAAGCUAGCCUGUCCAAACGCUCCUCCUUCAUGGGAGACAAGAAGGGAUGGAAAGAUCCUUCAAGAGAUCCACAAAGGGGCUUCAAAAACUGGAAGUGGUUGAGAGGGCCUGCAUGGACCAGCUGCUGAUGUCCUCCAUAACAGCCUUACAGUGCAGUGAUGCAGACAAGCAGAAGUAUUUCCUGCUUUCCACAUCUAUCAGCCAAGGGAGAGAGGGAGCCUUACCCAGCCAAGCCAGAUGCCCAGAAUUCUCCUCCAUGACUUCUCUGUACAGAGUCCUUUGGCCGGGAUCAAGCAGAGCCCACUCCUCCUUAGAGAAACACACAGCCACCUCCUCCAAGGUCACUAGAUCCUAAAAGACAAAGAAAACAUUUUUUCCAAACAAGAUUGGGAGAGGUUUUUUGGAAGGAUAAAAAGCUCCCUCUAUUGCGUUCAAAGUUCACCUAGGGGGCAACUUUGACCAAAAUAAAGGAAAAGAGAAAGGUUCUUUCAGGCCCAGAGAGAGGCAAGGCCUUCCUUUCUCUCCAGUGAUUCUUCUCCUACCUGUUCCAGUGACUUCAUAGCAACCAUUUUCAGCCCACCUCCAAGAAGAGAAGGUCUAGAGUGUGUCACCAGGGUCAUUUCACUGCCUGUGAAGUAGAAAAAAGGAGGCACGUCAAUAUUUUAUGCUUUAUAGGCAUUUUUCAUUUCCAUAACUAGAAUAAAAUAAAUGUGUCUUCUCAUCA